GAGGGGCACAGUGGGAACGGCAGUGUGGCGGUGCUGGCACUGGAAGAAGGACAGUUGGAAAGCCUCUCUUCUCCUCUCUCUCUCUCUCUCUCUCUCUAUCUCUCUCUCUCUCUCUCUCUCACGCACUCUAUCCCAUUCAUCCACAUUUCCUUCCUUCUUUCUCUGUUGGUUUCUUUGUUUUCUCCUCUGCCUUCCCCCUUCCUUUAUAAAGUGGCACGCAGAGCAGGACCAGAGCGAGUGACAAGGGAAAACGGGCAGGAUGCAGCGGCGCAGGUCGACGCCGGCCGGACUCUGGGCCCUGCGGUGGGCCCUGACCUGCGCCAUCGGCGCCAUCGCCGUCGGCGCGCUCGUGGCCGUCCACGUGUUCCUCCUGCCCUCCGCCGCCGUCCCCGACGCCUUCAAGCUCACCAAGCAACGUGAGGUGGGAUACCGGCGAAAGGCGAGCGAACUCAGCUGGACGCAGGAGAUCGCGCCACCCCAACUUGCCAAGCUUAAGAUUUCCACUCAGAAGGUGGGCAGCGUGAGGGAGGGAGAUUCCGGUUUCGAGAAGCUGUGGAAGCCUCCUUCGAAUCGUUAUUUUGUGCCCUGUGUGGCUCCCAGCUCUUCUUAUCUUCCUCCAACGCGGUCAAGGGGCUACUUGCUAGUUCAUGCCAAUGGGGGGCUAAACCAAAUGCGGGCUGGGAUAUGUGACAUGGUAGCUGUUGCACGAUUGAUCAAUGCUACACUUGUUAUUCCUCAACUUGAUAAGAGAUCAUUUUGGCAAGAUUCUAGCAAUUUCUCCGAUGUGUUUGAUGAAGAACAUUUUAUCCGCACCUUGGCCAAUGAUGUUAAAAUUGUAAAGAAACUUCCUAAAGAAUUGAUGACAACUGCAAAAGCAGUAAUACAUUUCCGAAGCUGGUCAGGACUGGACUACUACCAAGAUGAGAUAUCACGCAAGUGGGAUAAUUACGAGGUUAUCAAAGCUGCUAAGUCAGAUUCACGUCUUGCAAAUAAUAACCUUCCUUCUGACAUUCAGAAACUUCGUUGCCGUGCUUUUUAUGAGGCUCUCAAAUUUUCUCCACAGAUUGAGGCUCUAGGAAAAUUGUUGGUGGAGAGAAUGAGGUCUUAUGGUCGUUAUAUCACUUUGCACUUACGUUAUGAGAAGGACAUGCUUGCUUUUAGUGGGUGUACGUAUGGCUUGACACCUGCGGAAUCUGAUGAAUUGGCAAGGAUUAGAGAAAAUAUUUCCUAUUGGAAGGUCAAAGAAAUAGAUUCACAAGAACAAAGGGACAAAGGAUAUUGCCCAUUGACCCCAAAGGAAGUUGGGAUCUUUCUUUCUUCUCUAGGAUAUCCAUCAAAUACUCCAAUAUACAUUGCAGCUGGAGCAAUAUAUGGAGGGGACUCUCAUUUGGCUGAUCUACAUUCUCGUUUUCCCAUUUUAUUGAGCAAGGAGAAACUAGCAUCAGCUGAAGAGCUUGGACCUUUCAAAGAUUAUGCAUCUCAAAUGGCAGCAUUAGACUACAUUGUAUCAGUGGAAAGCGACGUCUUUAUCCCAUCAUACUCAGGGAAUAUGGCAAGGGCAGUUGAGGGUCAUCGCCGUUUCCUUGGUCACCGGAAAACUAUUAAUCCUGACAGAAAAGCUCUUGUUCAUCUGUUUGAUAUGAUCAACCAAGGAUCUCUAAAAGAAGGGAAGAAGCUGUCAAAUAUCAUCACAGAGAUUCAUAGAAGACGGCGAGGUUCUGCCCGCAAAAGGAAAGGUCCUAUUCCUGGCACGAGGGGCAUAGAGAGGUUUCGGUCCGAAGAAGUAUUUUACGAGAACCCUCUACCGGAUUGUAUGUGUCAGCAGCAACCUUAACAAUUGGGUAACUCACUUGUGCAUAGAUAAAUCAAUAUAUGCUAGAAUUCUGUAUAAAAAUGAAAUUACGGGAUACAGCCGAUGGCUUGGCAAAUUCGACACGGUCCAGCUAAGCAUCUCGCAUGACCGAUGAGGUGUUGGAAUUCUGAUAGGGCUGUGGAUUUUGUACAUGUUUAAGCCUAUCAGCAAAGUGGAGAUCAAUUACAGGACCACUUUGUUGGGAGGAACUAAGGAAGUUGAUCUCGUUUUGUAUACCUGAAGAAAUAGAACCUGGGGGCUUGGAUGGAUGGAGGCUGCGAUUUGGCCAAAGCAACAACUGCAAUUACUCACACCAUUGCUGCAACAUUACAACACAAAUGUACCAUUUGGAAAGGACAAAACACACAGCAUUGGUUGUCUUCUUCCGUGUGCACUGCACUGUCAUAUAGAUUUCCAAAAUGCACUUGUCAUACAAAUUGCUACUAUUAAGCUGAAUGGUCAAAGAAUCUGAUUGACUGACUA